UAAUUUUCAUAAAUAUUGUGUAAUGAUUGUUCGAUUAAAUGUAUUUCGUAAAUAGUUAGGGUUUAGUUUUAUUCAAUUUUUGAUUGCAUUUUGUCUCUUGUAUUGUAGCAUUGUGAAGUUUGUGUAGUGUUAACAUUAUAGAUUAUUUUCUGAUGUUAGAGUCUUUUAUCGCUUCUUUCAUGUGUUAUAGAUUGUUCUCGAGUGAGGUAUGUGUGUGAUUGGUAUGUGUAUGACUUCAUCGGUCCCAAUUUGUGCCUUUUUGUUUGUUUUGUGUUGUAUUCCAUGUGAAUAAAUAAUGUUAGUGGUCCCUAUAACUUUACUACCUUUAUCUUUAUAUUAAAUAAUGUUAGUUUUCCUAUAAGUUGUUUUGUUUAUAGCUGACAAUUCCUUUUCAUUUUCUUUGUCUUCCAUGUGAAAAAUUUGAAGAAUGACCAAAAAAGUGGAUUUAGUAUUUAACUAUGGGGGCAAGUGGGUCCUUUCUCCUCAAGUUGUAUACAUUAAAAAAAUAAAUGAAAUCUGGCAUGGUUAUGAUGUGGAUUUGCUGUCAUAUAUUGACAUUUGCUCAGAGUUCAUUAAUAAAUGUGGGUUUAGGGCUGUGAAACAAAUGUUAGUAACAGCACCAACUGGUAGGUAUUAUUUGCUUGAGAAUGAUUCAAGCAUUAGGACUCUACAAUCUGCUCUGUCUAGCCAGUUUAGUGUUCUUCAAUUAUUUGCUGUAGAUGAGGGUGAAGCUACUGUUGUUAUUCCUAAUAUUUGUGACCUGAACAAGCCUUACCCUGUUGUGCCAGUAGAGGUAGCAACAGAUUGUGAAUCAAAUGAAGAGGAUGAGGAUCAGAAUGAACCUAUUCCUAGUGAUUACAAUAGUGAUGAGUUGGAAGUCUUUAGAAAGGAAAAAAAAGAGAGAUCAAUGACAAGCUAGACAGAUUCUUAGAGUUGGAAAAAGGUAUGUGCUUUAAAGAUCUUAAAGAAGCUAAACGAAUUGUGAGUUUUUACUCUAUUGUUAGAAAGGUUGCACUUAAAGUUGAAAAAAGUGACUAUACAAGAUUGAGAUAUUUGUGUGAUAUUGGUUGUCCAUUUGAGUGUUUGAUAUCUGAAGAUAGGAAAAUCAGGGAUUCAAAAUUAAAACCUUGAACACCAAGCACUCAUGUGGUGAAAAUGCUUUUAAGAAUAGAAAAGGCACUCAAGAAGCUUUAGCACACUACUUCAAGAAAAAACUUUAGAAUAAUCCAAAGUACAGUGUUAAUGAUAUGAGACAAGAUUUGGAUGAUAAUUUUAAUUUGAAUGUUAGUUAUUCCAAGAUGAAGAGGGUUAAAAGGCUCGUGUUAGAGAAAUUGGAGGGUAGCUACAUUGAUGAAUUCAAUAAGUUAGAGGGUUAUGCUCAAGAAUUGAGGGACAGCAACCCAGGUACUGAUGUUAUCAUAAAUACAUCUAGAGAGGCUUUGGAACAAGGAAAAAGAAGAUUCUUAAGAAUGUAUGUAUGCAUUCAAGCUUUAAAAAAUGGAUGGAAAGGAGGUUUGAGGCCUUUUAUAGGGCUAGAUGGGACCUUUUUAAAAGGAAAAUGCAAGGGAAUCUUAUUGGUUGCAAUGGGACAAGAUUCAAUGAAACACUUUUAUCCACUUGCUUGGGCAGUGGUGGACAGAGAGACACUUAGAACAUGGAAAUGGUUUAUUGAGCUGCUGAGAAAUUCUCUAGACCUGGCAGAUGGUGAAGGAGUAACAUUCAUGUCUGAUAUGCAUAAGGGGCUACUGAAUGCUGUUAGUCAGGUGUUUCCUAAAGCACAUCAUAGAUGGUGUGCAAGGCACAUAGAAGCUAAUUGGAGCAAGGAUUGGAAAAGUGUACAAAUGAAGAAGUUAAUGUGGUGGUGUGCCUGGAGCACCUAUGAAGAAGAAUUUCAUGAUCAAUUGAAAGUCAUGGGUGGUGUGUCUAAACAAGCUGCAAAGGAUUUGGUAUGGUACCCUGCACAAAACUGGUGCAGGGCUUAUUUUGACACAGUCUGCAAAAAUCAUUCACGUGAGAAUAAUUUUACAGAGUCAUUCAACAAAUGGAUUAUAGAUGCAAGGGCAAAACCUAUAAUCAAGAUGUUAGAAAAUAUUAGAAUCAAGGUUAUGAAUAGGUUGCAAAAACUUGAAGAAGAGGGUAGAAAUUGGAAUGGAGAAUUUAGUCCAUAUGCCAUGGAGUUGUAUAAUGAUUUCAAUAUCAUUGCACAAUGUUGUCAAGUUCAAUCUAAUGGAGACCAAGGAUAUGAGGUAGUUGAGGGUGAAGAUAGGCAUGUGGUGAAUCUUAAUAGGAAGAAGUGUACAUGUAGGACAUGGGACUUGACUGGUAUACCAUGUCCUCAUGCCAUUAAAGCAUAUCUUCAUGACAAACAAGAGCCACUAGAUCAAUUGAGUUGGUGGUAUUCCAGAGAAGCUUACAUGUUGAUAUACAUGCAUAAAAUACAACCUGUUAGAGGUGACAAGUUUUGGAAAGUUGAUCCUUCUCAUGCUAUGGAGCCACCAAGAAAUACAUAAAUUGGUAGGCAGGCCAAAACUUAAGAGAAAGAGAGAAAAAGAUGAGGCAAGGAAAAGGGAAGGGGUGUGGUCUGCUUCAAGAAAAGGACUAAAAAUGAUGUGCGGACAUUGUAGUGCAACAGGUCACAACCAAAGAAGAUGUCCUAUGCUUCAAAGAUCAAAACAACCAGCCCAAGAUGUGCUUGUGUCAACACCCCAAGCCAUUCAAGAAGAAUCUGGUAUCAUGUCUACUCCUGGCUUUGCUGCUUCUUCAAGUCAACCUGAUGGUCUUUCAAAAUCAAAGGAAAUUGAAAAGAACCCAGCUGGACCUUCAAAGUCAAAGAGAAAAAUAAUUGUUGAGGAAUUUGAGGAUGGGCAACAUGUUGAACCUUCAAGUGCAGUUGCUGAUGAGGAUGGAGAUGAGCAUGAAAGUGAAGACGAGCAGACUAUUCUAAAGCCAAAGGCAAUUUCUGAAGCUAGGACUAGGCUUCAAGCUAAAAAGAUGCAGAUUCAACCAACUGGUACCAGGAGGAUUGACUUCAAAGGAGAUGAUAAUGGUGUGAGCAUUCCAACUAAUCUACCAUACUCACCAAGAAAAUUGGCAUGGAAAGGAAAAGAAGCUACCACUUCAGAUCAUUUGACAAUUGAAAAGGAGAAAAGAAUUGGCAAAUUGAAGGCAAAGAGGGGUGGGAAGAAGUAGUUGCAUUAUGAAGUUUUUUUUUGUUUUCUGGUGUUCUGUUAUGGCAUGAUGAAACUUAAAAUAUUUUGACUUUUUUGAUGUUACUAUGUCUUGAACAAGUGUCUGUAACUUUUUGUGGGUUCAAAAUAUAUGACAAUGUCAUUAUCACUUAUUUGUGGUGUUGUUGAAUUUUGUUUUUCAGUUGCAGUAUGUAUGUUAUUUGGCAGAUUGAGUUGUAAGAUUUUGCAGAUUGUACUUUUUGCUAUAAAAUUGGCAGAUUGUAAAUUUCA